UUGGUGUAAAGCCCGAGCAAAUCUCUGGAGAGAACAACGAGCCCAUUCACAGCGGCCGCAAGGGGAGCGGCGCCGAUCAGUAGCCAGCAGGGCGAGGGGCGCCCCCCGAGAGUGGCUUUCCUGGGGAUUCCGGCGGGCGGAGCAGCAGCAGCAGCGGCGGCGGCAGCGGCGGCAGGAUCGGUGGGCGCUCGCUCUCUCUUCGGGAGGGAAAAUGCUUUCGCUUUUCUACCUGUGCCUCUUGGCUGGAAUCGCCCGCGCCUUCAACCUGGACACGCAGAACGUAGUCAAAUGGGACGGCGAACCCGGCAGCUUUUUCGGAUUUUCUCUGGCCAUGCAUCAGCAGCUGAACCCGAACAAGAGGCUCUUGCUGGUUGGUGCACCUCGGCAAAAGGCUUUCCCAUUGCAACAAGCCAAUAGAACCGGUGGGUUGUUCAGCUGUGACAUCGAAACUCCAGAGGUACCCUGCACACGUAUCAAAUUUGAUGAGACAGCUGACCCAGCAAAAGAAAGCAAAGAAGACCAAUGGAUGGGUGUAACUGUGCGAAGUCAGGGGCCUGGUGGAAAAAUUGUGACCUGUGCACACCGCUAUGAGAAAAGGUAUUAUGUCAACACGGAUCAGGAAACCCGAGACAUCAUUGGGAGGUGCUAUGUGCUGAGUCAGGAUCUUUCCAUUUCUGGCAAUGAGUAUAUGGAUGGCGGGGAAUGGAGUUUCUGUGACGGCCGAUUGAGAGGCCAUGAGAAGUUUGGCUCCUGCCAGCAAGGUGUUGCAGCCACAUUUACCAGAGAUGAUCAUUACAUUGUAUUUGGUGCACCAGGGACCUAUAACUGGAAAGGCGUGGUACGUGCAGAGCAAAAGAAUCACACCCUUGAUGAAAUGGGCAUCUUUGAUGAUGGGCCUUAUGAAGUUGGGGGUGAAAGCCUGCGAAAGGAGUCCCUGGUUCCUGUUCCUGCUAACAGUUAUUUAGGAUUUUCUUUGGACUCUGGGAAAGGGAUAAUCUCUCAAGAGGAGACCACUUUUGUUUCCGGUGCCCCGAGAGCCAACCAUAGUGGGGCUGUGGUCCUUUUGAAAAAAGACAGUGACAUCCAGCGGGCCUUGUCCUCUGUACACAUAUUUGAAGGCGAGGGGCUGGCCUCUUCCUUUGGCUAUGAUGUGGCCGUUGUGGACCUCAACAGUGAUGGUUGGCAAGAUAUUGUUGUUGGAGCCCCACAGUAUUUUGAAAGAGAUGGAGAAAUUGGUGGUGCUGCAUAUGUGUAUAUUAAUCAGGAAGGCAAAUGGGACACAGUAAACCCAAUUCGCCUCAAUGGAACUAAAGACUCCAUGUUUGGGAUUGCAGUUGAAAACAUUGGUGAUGUUAAUAAAGACGGCUUUCCAGAUAUUGCUGUAGGGGCUCCUUAUGCUAAAGAGUUUGGCAAGGUAUAUCUCUAUCAUGGCUCCAGGAAUGGAAUAAACACAAAACCAGCACAGAUUCUUGAAGGUGAAAAAAAUGUCCCAUUCUUUGGGUACUCUAUCACUGGAAAUAUGGAUCUUGAUGGAAACUCUUACCCUGACAUUGCUGUUGGAUCUCUUUCAGAUACUGUUUCAGUUUACAGAUCAAGGCCUGUAAUAAGCAUUAAGAAAUCCCUUAUGAUCUCACCAGACAAAAUUGAUCUGAAUAUGGAGAACUGUGAAGUGUCCAGUAAACUUUGCCUGAACAUUAGAUCAUGUUUCGAAUAUACAGCCAGUGAGAGUAAAUUCAAUCAAGAAAUAAUUUUGGACUAUACGUUUGAAGCAGAUCAUGAGAGGAAGAAAUCAGGCUUGCUACCAAGAGUGCAUUUUACUAAGCCUCCCUCUGUUCCAUUUAGCGGAAGUGUAAUUCUGAAAAGACAGAAGAUGGAAGAGUGUGUGAAUAGCAGGCUCGAAUUAGAGGAAAAAAUCAAAGAUAAAUUACGUCCAAUUCCUGUAUCUCUUAAAAUUGCACUUCAUACCCCUGAGAGCUCAAUAAAACCCAGAAGAAGACAAGGAAGGUCACUGCCAGAUCUUACUCCAAUUCUGGAUGCUGAUGAGCCCGACACCAUGCAUUCAGAGGUGCAGUUUCUGAAAGAAGGCUGUGGAUCAGACAACAUAUGCCACAGCAAUUUGAAGAUGCAUUACAGAUUUUGCACCAAAGAGGGAAACGAGGACAAAUUUGCCUAUUUCCCCAUGGAAAACAAUGUUCCGGUGCUUGUUCUCAAAGACCAGAAAGAGAUCGCCCUUGAAAUCACAGUGACCAAUAAUCCUUCCAGUGCCAUGCACCCCCUGAAAGAUGGCGAAGAUGCUCAUGAAGCAAAACUUAUAGCAACCUUUCCAGACAGCUUGACUUAUUCUACUUACAGGGAGUGGAAGAGCUUUCCGGAAAAACUUGUCUCCUGUGGUGCUAAUCCAAAUGGUUCUCAAGUGGACUGUGAACUUGGAAAUCCUUUCAAAAGAAAUUCUACCGUUACAUUUUAUGUGAUUUUAAGUACAACCAAGGUUAAUGUCGAUACGAAAGAGCUGGAUAUCAAUUUGAAACUGGAAACGACAAGCAAUCAGACUAAUUUGAAACCAAUUACUGCGAAAGCUAAAGUUGUUAUUGAACUGCUUUUAUCACUUACAGGGGUUGCUAAACCUUCCCAGGUGUAUUUUGGAGGUAAUAUUAUUGGGGAAAGUGCAAUGAAAUCUGAACAUGAGAUCGGUAGUUUAAUUGAAUAUGAAUUCAGGAUCACGAACUUAGGUAAACCACUGAAAACAUUUGGUACAGCUUUCUUGGAAAUUAUGUGGCCGAAAGAACUGAGAGGAGGCAAGUGGUUGCUCUAUUUGGUUUCCAUUCAUUCAAAGGAAUUAGGAGAAUUACAGUGUACUCCUCAAAAUGAAAUAAACCUUUUGAAUGUUCAGCGAUCUCAAAAUGCACGGAUAAAACGUGAAGUUGCAGAGAAGCAGACAGAGGGUAGCCAAAGCUUUUCUUUGUUUAGAGAAAGAAAGUAUAAGACAUUGGAUUGCAAUGAAGAGGCAAACUGCGUCAACAUAACAUGUUCCUUGAAAGGCUUAGAUAGUAAAGCUGUAGUAGUAUUGCGCUCAAGGUUGUGGAACAGCACCUUCCUAGAGGAAUUCUAUAAAAUGAGCUAUCUAGACAUUUUUGUCAGAGCUAGAAUUGGCAUUUCUGCUGCGGAUAAUGUCAAGCUGGCAAAUGAAGCUACGGACGUACGAGUUAAUGUCUUUCCUACAAAAACGGUAGCUUUAUAUAAAGAAGUUCCUUGGUGGAUCAUCUUGGUUGCUAUUCUCGCUGGGUUAUUAAUGCUUGCUUUGUUGGUAUUCUUAUUGUGGAAGUGUGGUUUCUUCAAGAGAAAUAAGAAAGAUCAUUUUGAUGCCACAUAUCACAAGGCUGAGAUCCAUGCUCAGCCAUCUGAUAAAGAGAGGCUUACUUCUGAUGCAUAGUAUUGAUCCACUUCUGUAAUUGUGCGGGUUCUUCCAGCGUUCCAGGUACGAUGACAGCAUCCCCCGCUACCAUGCUGUAAGAAUUCGGAAGGAGGAAAGGCAGAUUAAAGAUGGAAAAGUUAAAGAGAAUCACACAAAAAAACAAUGGAUCACAAAAUGGAAUGGAAAUUAAAGUUAUUCCUAGGGAUCCCAGCUGAACUUUAAAAGGUUGAAUGGAUUUUAAGAUGUCUUUGAGCAACAUGAUGAAUGCAAGUGGAAGACCUGUUUGGUUUAUAAAUAUUAUUUUCAUAUCAAAGUUGUUUGGUGUUACAGCUCUAAAUUUUAAGACUCCCUAAACCAGCUUCUAUGCAUUAAAUAAUCUCUAGUCUUUUGGAAAGAAAAAAAACCCGUUAAAAUCCAAAUUAUUAACCCAGAAAGGGAUAGAUUUACUCUUCUUUUGAUGAAAUGGAGCUGUAUGAAUUUUUCCCAGUUGGGGAUAUAUUUUUUAGCUUCCAGCUUAAUCUUGAGAGGACUUGGCUGCUUUUGAGAAGAAAAAAAAAUUAACACAAUGAAACUGGUUGUCUGGGCAAAGACAUCUGGCCAUGGUCUAAAAGAAAAGGGAAGCACCCUGAGUUGUGUGGUUUGUUAGAAUGCUCUUGGCAAAAUUUGACUGAACUGCACAAUUGUUAUUUCCAGAGUCUGAAUUACGUGUUAAGUCAAGCCUUAAAGUUGUUUCUUUGAUCUCACCUUUCCUGCAUUGCUGAAACUUCUCUCAUCAAAAGCAAGAUAGCAAGAUAAUUUUUCCUAACAACGAAUGGACAUGUAUUUCGGUAUAUUUGUCUACACUAUUUAAAUAUCAGAAGAGAAUACUAAUAUUUUGUCAGGAAAAUUCUAUGGAAUUCCAAGCGAGAUAGAAAGUAAUGUAACCUAUCAUUCUUUCUCAUUUGUGGAGAGUUACUUGACCUUGAUUUUCUUUUCAUCGCUGAAUAUUUAAAAUGAAAAUGGGGGCUUCAAACUUGUCUGCCCAUCAAGAUACUAAGAUUUUUUUCCUAUCUCCAAGCCCAGAAUAUGUUUACUUUAAUCCCGCUAAUUUCAUGGUUGACUGAUUAUUCAGAAGUGAGAUAUGGACAUAUGGACAGAAGUUAAUAAGUUACAUUAAUAGGCUAAACCAUGACAUUAAAAACUGGUUCUAACAUCAGGAAGAUUAGCUUGUAGUAUGUAACUCUGUUCAGUUUUAGGAAAUGCACUCUUUGGUUUUUUGUUUUUGUUUUUUGCUUUUAAGGGGUAAAUUGCUGGAAAAAGUGCAUAUUAUGGGAAGCAAACAUUUGCUGAUAUUUGUAACUUUGGGGUCUUUUUGUUGUUGUUACAGUAGAUACCUGCUAGUGAAUGCUUCUGGAUCUAGACUUAGUUGAAUUUUGAUCCUGUUUGAAACAAUGGGACCUAACUGCAACUAAUUUCAUCUGGAUCCAACUCUUUAUAUUCACGAAUUGAUGCAAUGAUGUAUGGCUGAAUUUCUAAAGGAAAGCUCAGUUAUCUUAUAAUCAUGUUCCCACAAAAGCCGCCUUGUCUAGAAAGAAUAAUUUAUGUUUCUGAGUAGGGAGACCUUGGCAUUCUGCAUCUGUUUUAAAGGCACUAUUUUCUCUGAUUAUUGUACUAAUACAGUGUGCAGAAAAUCUCGCCAUUGCACACAGUGAUAUGGACAUGUGUUUUUCAGGUAAAUUUGCAGUCUCUAAAUCUGCUAAUACUGUGUUCUAAGACUAGUGUGUGAGCACCAGGCUUAAAAACAACCUUUAAUGUGCAAUAGGUCAUGCUUUAGUAAUGUUUUAAAAAUUAGCAUUACUGAAUGUUGCUUACACCAAAUAUAUACAGAUUUUUCCAAUGAUGAUGUGUGUACGGAUUAAUAGAUUAUGGUCUAAUUCAUUUUGUCAACAAUUGUGUACUAGAGAGCAGGUCACUUUCACCUCUGAAGACGGCAGCCACAAUUGCUGGCAAAAUAUCAGGAUACCAAAGAAUUAGACCCUGUUCUACUGUAUUAGCCCCACAGCUAAUUAACGCUGGAUUAACGCUGGAUUAACGCUGGCUAUGAAAGCCUGCAUUGAUAUGUAUGCAUAGGUUUUGUCUUUUUUAAAGCUUGAAUAUUGGUUGUACUUUUUGUAUAUACUGUAAGUCAUUCUUAUAUAUUUAUUUUUACCAUAAAUCUUUGUCUUUAACUAAUGGUUAAGCCAAAGAUUUUUGAUUAGUGAGCAAUAGCAUAUCAAGUUCAGUGAAUAAAAGUGAACUUUUUUCCACCAAAUGUGCCAAUAACUUUUUAAAUUCCAAUGACUAGAAUAUUCUCAGAAACCUUUUCUUUACACAUUUCUAAAUUAUGUACUAGAGAUGUAUCUUCUAAGUAAUUUGUGUGCUAAUGCAUACUUACAGAUAUUUAUAGAAGUUUUAUAUGACUAACUUAAUUGAAAAUAUAGCAAGUGCUUAUUGGAUUGAGGAGGGGCAAAGGUUUUCUUUGUUCUGUGUUUGGAACAAGGUUAAAUAGUACAGAAGCUAUAGCACUUGAACCAAAAUAUAAAUUCACUAAAUUAACUGUGGUAUUUUAAUGGAUGGGUUAAGGACUACUGAGUAAUUCCUUCAUUUCUAAAAUUUAAGAAUAGUUCCAUACAACAGUAGCCAUUUGAAACUUGUAAUAAAUGUAAUUGUGGUCUUAUCAUAUCAAAAUGUUGGUACUGAUUAAGCACUAUACACAUAUGCUAGCAUUUACAGUAUAUGAAAUUCCAAUGGUCCAUCAGAAGGUAAAUUUUGGAACUGUGCAAUGCAGGGCGUUGCAAUUUAAUUCCAUGUAGAGUAUUCAGAGCACAUGGACUGAGCAUCGCACUAUCUGUAGCUCUAUAAAAGUACUUUUCCGGUGAGGAAUUCUCCAUUUGUAGUCGUGUGUGCCUUGAAGUGCUUUCUUGGAAUCAAAUGCAAAACAUAGCACAGUGCUAACAGAUGUUAUUUAACAAAAGAUAUAAACUAUGCAAACCUGUAAGUAUUUAUCGUAAAAAAAACAGGUAUUCACGAAACAAACAAAAUGUUAAAAAGUUAUGAUAUUUAUGUAGUUACUUACCAAGCACAUCUAAAUUAUAGUAAAGUAACCAAAAUAUCUUUACAAACCCCAAGGCAUGUCAUAACUUUUGUGCACCUUUAAUGUUUGGAAAUUGAAAGUUGAAAAAUUUGACAUGCCUUAAAAUAUAUAUGUCUUGUGCUGUGUAGUUCAGUAUAAAAAUAUGUUGGUUUGGUGCAAAAUGACAGUUUGUUCCAAGGUUUGGUUUCUAGGUAUUAAUGUCAAUUUCUAUCAUUCCACUUUUUAUGGUUAUCCAGAUACCUUUUUGACCAUACAUUUUAUACAAAUUAUUUUUCAUAAAGCUUUUUUAACUUAAAAGGUAUAAGCUCUUUUUUGAAGCUCCAGGUACAAAUGUGGUGCCUGACAUUAAUUCACUAAAUGCUGCUGUUUUGUCUCCUUCAUCCACUUUAUUUAUAUGUGGCCCAUAAAAAUAAUCCCACAACCUUAGUAUGAUGGAUACGUUUUAUUUAAAACUCCAUCUCUGUAAAUAGGCUUAUUCAAUCUAAAAAGUAACUGAAACACUACUAUACUUUUUCAUUAAAACUUGUUAUUCUGGUGAUUUGUCUGAAAAAAAUAAAUAUGUAAUCAAUAAGUAAAAAUAUCAUCUUGAGUCACAUCACUGGUAUAUAUUUAUUUUCCACAUUAAUUGUUACUAACAUCUAAUGUUGCAUCAUGCCUGAAAAUUACAUGUGGAUAUGUCAAUAAACGUGUGAAAUAAAUUUUGUAUGAAAACA